CAGCUGUGCCAGGGUUGCAGCGUGCGCAAGGCUACUACUAUUCUCUUCCAAGGAGGGAACUUUACGCAACUUGUUCAGCUGAUUUUUUUCUUCUAUUACCAAAUAGAAGUUUGGCAAAUAAUGAGUUUUAUUUGUGUUGUUUAAAACCUUCAAGCCGUCAGUGAUUUGUUUACUAGCAACUCCGCAUAACAGCAAAGACGAGGUAUUUACUCAAGAAACAGACCCAUGUCAUCCUUUGUCAACGGACACUGACAGUCAGCGGACAGCGCCGUUUCCUCUCUCUUUUUUUUUAGGUGACACUUUUCAGAGUCGCUCUCUUGUUCACUGAAGUUUCGCGUAUCGCAUAACUGAGUUAAGGAGCUGGGCAACAGAUGUUUGGGGUCUCAGAUUCUGGCUGUUGAAACUAGGGCAAGAAGGCGCUGUGGUGCAAGAACUUUUCGGACUCUAUGGAUCACCAAGAGGACUCAUAACUCAAGGAUGCCAUAGAGGGCACUAACAGGACCAUGCCCUCUCCGCUUGAGUUUGGCAAAGACUUGACUUGAGGCGCAUUUUCUUCUGAAUAUAAAAGUCAUCUUAUCUGGUUUGCAUUUCACUGAUCUGAAGCCAUGGCUUCCGAGGUGGUGUGUGGAUUGAUCUUCAGAUUGCUUCUACCAGUGUGUCUUGCAGCAGCAUGUCUGUUCCGGUACAACUGGCUGUCACUCGUCUACCUCAUAUACCUCCUGCUUAUCCCACUUUUCGCCGAGCCAACGAAGACAACGAUGCAAGGCCACACGGGGCGCUUGCUGAAAUCUCUCUGCUUCACCAGCAUGACCUUCCUACUGCUGCACAUCAUCUACCAGGUCACCAUUAACAGUCUGCUGGCGGGAGAGAAUAUCGAGCCCAACUUCAACUGUUCUUCGUGGGAGAAGUCGAUUCGACAGCUGGGCUUUGAGAGUGUGCGAGGGGCGGAUGCGGGGAAUGGGAUCCGUGUGUUCAUCCCCGACAUCGGCAUGUUCGUGGCCAGCCUGGUCACCUGGCUCCUCUGCCGCAGCCUGGAGAGGCCACCAGUGAAGGACCCGCAACACAACACUGACUUCACGGAGGCUGGCAAACAGGAGCAGGAGGAUGAAGAGGAGGAGAAGGAGGAGGAAAAGAUCGGUCAGAAGGUGGAGUUGGAGGACGAGCUGCUGUUCGAAGAGGAUUGCCAACUAGACGAGGGGGAGCUGGUAGAGGAGGUAGACGAGGAGGAGGGGGAGGAAGAGGAGGAGGAGGAGAUGAAGGAGCCGGAGGAGAGCACCAAGAUGAAGAUCUUACGUCAGAUCGCCGGCUUGGCAACCAAACUCAAGGAGAUCAUUGGCGAUCUGAUCACCAGCGCUGGGAAAGUGGUCGUAACCAUAUUACUGGGCCUGGCAGGGAUCAUGCUGCCCUCCCUCACCUCUACUGUCUAUUUCUUCACCUUCCUGGGCCUGUGCACCUGGUGGUCAUUUUGUCGCUCAUUUGACCCGCUGGUCUUCAGCUGCCUGUGCGUGCUGAUGGGCAUCUUUAGCGCCGGCCACCUCAUCGUGCUCUACCUCUACCAAUUCCAGUUCUUCCAGGAGGCCGUGCCCCCCGGAGACUACUAUGCCAGUUUAUUUGGCAUCUCCCCGGUGAUCCAGAUUAACUGCUCCCACACUUGGAUGUUCAAGGUCAACCCGGCGUUGCCGUGGCAUCACUUUGUCAACCCCAUCAUGCUCCUGGUGUUGUACUACACCCUGGCCACGCUCAUCCGCCUGUGGCUGCAGGAGCCGGUGGAGACGGAGGGGGCUGAGGAAGAGGAAGAGGAGAAGGAGCUGAAGAGUAAUGACGAUUUCAACACGGCAGAAAAGAAGAGAGAGCUGUGGAGGAUGACACACUACAAAACAGAUGAGAGAAAUCUCAUCUCCACGCAGGAUGGCUAUAGCACUCCAGAGGUGUUGAUUGUGACCUCCAACGGACUUCCGGUGACCUUGGGUUCUGGUGCUCCCCAUGAGAAGGGACCCACAAGUCUGGAUCUGUAUUCCAUGCCUGAGUACGCAACGGGUCAGUCUGGAUCAGAACCAGAGUGUAUGGACACCAGUGUGUACGAGAUCGAGCGGCCGCUGAGAAGCGACUCCUCAGAGGCUGGGGAGGACAAGGAUGACCACCAGCGGGGCCAGAUGAGGGUGAACUCAGCUGUCAAGGCUUUCGCUUUCAUCAUGAAGCAGAGCUACAUCUGCGCCCUCAUCGCCAUGAUGGCGUGGAGCAUCACCUAUGUGAGCUGGCUGACCUUCGUCUUCCUCAUCUGGUCGUGCACGCUGUGGAUGGUGCGUGACCGGCGCAAAUACGCCAUGAUCACCUCGCCCUUCAUGGUGUUCUACGGAAACCUGCUCAUCGUCCUGCAGUACAUCUGGAGCUUUGAGGAGUUGGGCCCUGUGCCAGGGCUGUUCCUGAAGAAGGAGGUGCCUUUCAGGGAAUUGGGCUCCAAGAUGCUGUGUCUCCUGAGUUUCUGGCUGCUGCUGCGACAGGCGCUAACAGAGCGCAAAGACAGGCAGCGGGAGGAGACGGAGACAACGCUGUCAGACAUCAAAGUAGAGGACCAGAAGAGAGAGAAGAAGGAUGAGGAGGACGAGGCUGGAGGCCAGCGGGAGAUGAUAAACGUGUUGGGCAGCACGGUCAUGGCCAUGUUCAACAAGUACUGGAUCUACAUCUGUGCGGGCAUGUUCUUCUUCGUUAGCUUCGAGGGACGCAUCGUCAUGUACAAGAUCAUCUAUAUGAUGAUGUUCCUCUUCUGUGUGGCCCUCUAUCAGGUUCACUAUGAGCACUGGAGGAGGAUACUGAAGUACUUCUGGAUGUCAGUGGUGGUCUACACCAUGCUGGUGCUGAUUCUGGUCUACACCUUCCAGUUUGACUCCUCCAUACACGUAUGGUCAAACAUGACAGGCAUGAGCACUAAAGAACUGGAGGAUCUGGGCCUGGAGAAGUUCUCAGUGCCGGCGCUCUUCACGCGGAUCUUCCUCCCUACGUCCUUCCUGCUGGUGUGCAUCCUGCACCUGCACUACUUCCACGAGCACUUCCUCCAGCUCACCGACAUCAAGUCUGUGGCCGAUAAGCAGAAGAGCCCCAUCACCAGGCUGGUCCAUCUGGACGGCAGCCUGGCCGAUAUCUCCAUGAUCAAACCCACGCUGAACUCCACCACUAAGGACGAGGAAGCUGGGGAAAAGGUCAACUUAGAGGAGGAGGAAGAGGAUGAGGAGGAGGAAGAGGAGGAGGUCAUGAAGAGGAGAGAUGAUGAAGUGCCGUGUUUGCCGAGCAAAGUGGACGGGUUUUCCUGCCACACAGAGCCUGCCACUGACAUAGGAUCAGACCUGCGUAAUAAGUGGAGCCUGGUGGUGGAGCGUCUGACGGUGCUCUUCCUCAAGUUCCUGCAGUACAUGCAGCAGCUGCAGCUGCUCAUCUGGUGGCUGCUGGAGCUACACAUCAUCAAGAUCGUCUCCUCCUACAUCAUCUGGGUCUCCGUCAAAGAGGUGUCCCUCUUUAACUACGUGUUCCUGGUGAGCUGGGCCUUUGCUCUCCCGUACAGUCAGUUCCGGCCGCUGGCGUCCAGCGUUUGCACAGUGUGGACCUGCGUCAUCAUCGUCUGCAAGAUGCUGUACCAGCUGAACUCCAUCCAGCCCGCCACCUAUGCCAAGAACUGCAGCAUGCCUCAGAACUACACGGAGGCUGAAAGGGCGGACAUGGCCCGCUCACUGCUCUACAGCGCCCCCAUCGACCCCGCCAACUGGGUCGGCCUCAAGAAGUUCUCUCCUCUGCUGGAGAAUCUGAGGAACAACCUGAUGAUGCUGGCCCUGCUGGCGUUCGAGGUGACCAUCUACCGGCACCAGGACUUCUACCGCAUGCGCAACAACCUCACGGCCCCCGUCACCAGGACCAUCUUCCAUGACAUCACGCGCCAACACCUGGACGACGGCAUCCUCAACUGUGCCAAGUAUUUCAUCAACUACUUCUUCUACAAGUUUGGCCUGGAGACAUGUUUCUUGCUGGCGGUGAAUGUCAUUGGCCAGCGUAUGGACUUCUACGCCAUGCUGCACGCGUUUGGCCUGAUCACCGUGAUGUACCAGCGCCGGCGGAAGGCCAUCGCUCAGAUCUGGCCCAAGUAUUGCUGCUUCCUGGCCUGCAUGCUCACCUUCCAGUACCUGGUGUGCAUCGGGAUCCCCCCCUCCGCCUGCUCAGAUUAUCCAUGGAGAGCUCCCUCAUCCAGCAUGGACUCCAAUGUGGUGAAGUGGCUGUACUUCCCAGACUUCCACACGAGACCCAACCCACUCUUCCUCCUCUAUGACUUCAUGCUGCUGUUGGGUGUCUCGCUCCAGAGACACAUCUUUGAAGAAGAGAAUGAAGCAGCCGUGCGUCUCGUUGCCGGGGACAAUGUGGAGAUCUGCCGAGACCUUGACGCUGCAUCGUUCAGCCAGCACAACCCAGUGCCAGACUUCAUCCGCUGCAGGUCUUACUUGGACAUGUUGAAGGUGAUCAUGUUCAGCUACCUGUUCUGGUUCGUGCUCACGAUCAUCUUCAUCACGGGAACCACGCGUAUCAGCAUCUUCUGCAUGGGCUACUUGGUGGCCUGUUUCUACUUCCUGCUCUUCGGCGGAGACCUGCUGCUCAAGCCAAUCAAAAGCAUCAUGCACUACUGGGACUUCCUGAUCGCCUACAAUGUGUUUGUGAUCACUAUGAAGAAUAUCCUCUCGAUAGCGGCCUGCGGGUAUAUAAAGUCCUUGGUUGCCAACCACUGUUGGCUGAUCCAGUUGUUCAGUUUGGCGUGCACUAUAAAAGGCUAUUCCCGACCGGAGCAGCAGGCUACCAAGCAGUGUGAGUUGCCUAGCGAUGAAGCUGGCAUCAUUUGGGACAGCAUUUGCUUUGCCUUCCUGUUGCUACAGCGACGAGUCUUCAUGAGCUACUACUUCCUGCACGUAGUAGCUGACAUUCGCUCCUCACAAGUGCUGGCCUCCAGGGGAGCCGAGUUGUUCCAGGCCACCAUCGUGAAGGCGGUCAAAGCCAGGAUUGAGGAGGAGAAGAAGUCCAUGGACCUGCUGAAAAGACAGAUGGACCGCAUCAAGAGCCGGCAGCAGAAGUUCAAGAGGGGGAAGGAGAGGAUGCUGAGCCUGGCCCAGGACUCAGGAGAGGGUCAGGGCGGGGUCAGGGAGGAAGAGGAGAAGGACGAAGGAGAAACAAAGGAAAAAUCAAAAGGCAAAAGGAAACAGUGGUGGAGGCCUUGGGUAGACCAUGCAUCCAUGGUGAGAAGUGGAAGCUACUACCUGUUUGAGACAGACAGUGAGGAGGAGGAGGAGGAAGAGGAGAAAAAAGAGGAGCCUCCGAAGAAGUCUGCAUUUCAGUUUGUGUACCAUGCCUGGAUCACAGACUCCAAGACAGCCAUGAAGGAACGCAGCAAGGAGAGGCGGCACUUCUGGCAGAGGUACACCGACGGACGUAAAGCCACCAGGAAGGACCAGCGGGAAGAACAUGUGGCCAUAGAGGUGGACAACCAGGAGGACGAUGGUGUGGAGGAGGAGCGAUCCGACGGGCCAGAUAACAUCCUGAAGCGAGUGUUCAACAUUGUGAAGUUCUCCUGGGUGCUUUUCCUGGCCCUGAUGGACAGCUUCACCGCCUGGCUCAACUCCAUCUGCCAGGAGUACAUGGACAUCUCCACAGUGCUGAGAAUCGAGCGCUGUAUGCUCACGCAGGAGGUCAAAAAGGGAAAUACUCCAUCCCGAGAGAGCCUGCAAGUGUACUACCAGAAGCAGAUGUGCCGGCCAUCGUCCUCACAGUCCUGUCUGGACCACUCGGAGGACAUUUUCCCAGCGUCCAGCCCCCGGCCCUCUCAGUUACAGCAGUCCGGCUUCGUGCUGGAGAGCCAUGGCUCUGCACUGUCCAGAGACAGCUUGUCCAGUGCGUACACAGAGUCGACUCUACUCUACUGUCAGUCUACACUGGAUCACUCGGAGGGGACCAUGGAGAAUGUCCCCAAGACCAGUGAACGUGCUCGGCCCAAACUGUGCAAGAUGACCGGGCUCGACCUGUCCUCGUCAGCAGAGAGCGCCACCAGCAGGGCCUCCAGUGAGAAGACCCAGUGCACAGCGCUGUACUCCCGGCAGGGCACAAGCGACACCGUCGGCGAGGUCGACCUCGAGCACGAACAGAGGGGUCACUCGUCAGCCGAACACUGGGGCGCAGUUGGAGGAUCCCCAGAGACCCCUGAGGACGCGCCAUACCUCCCCGAAGACGAAGGGCCGCCUCACUGGAGAGACUCGGACCGCUCCCCGGAGUGGGACUCUGCCGGCUGGACGCCGGCUGACAGCCCUGACGCGGAUGGACCGUCGUCACGGACAUUCCCGGCAGCGGCGGACAUCCCGCCCUCCUACAGCAAGGCCACGGGGCUGGACCAGGUGUGCGGCGGCGCAGGUGUGCCGUGUGGUAACCGUGACGACAAGCGCCUGAGGAUAAUGGAACCUGAUGACAGGAUGGAUUACCUGAGUGACGAAGCACUGCCCUCCCUCACCCACGAGAUGACGGCCAGCGAGCUGCUGCAGAGCAGGAUGUUUUUUGACGAGGAGCUGGAGGAGUCUGAGCGCUUCUACAGCGGUCAGCCCCCACUGCUGCAGCUCUGCUACGCCCUCUACAACAUGCUGGUGGCCCACUCGGAGAUGGUCUGCUACCUGGUCAUCAUCCUGAACCACAUGAUCUCCGCGUCCGUGGCCACGCUCGUGCUGCCCAUCCUCAUCUUCCUCUGGGCCAUGCUGUCCGUGCCGCGGCCCAGCAAACGCUUCUGGAUGACCGCCAUCGUCUACACGGAGGUCACCAUUGUGAUCAAAUACUUCUUCCAGUUUGGCUUCUUCCCAUUCAACCAGAACAUUGAGGUGGACAAGAGCAAGCCCUUCCACCCCCCCAACAUCAUCGGUGUGGAGAAGAAGGAGGGCUACGUCCACUACGACCUGGUGCAGCUGCUGGCCCUCUUCUUCCACAGGUCAAUCCUCAAGUGCCAUGGCUUAUGGGACGAGGACGAGCACAGAGCCGAUGUUGGCAAACCAGCACGUCACCGCGGCAACUCAGACGGUGGUGGGCGAUCGCGGUCAUGGCACGAGAAAUCACCUGAGUCUGUCCACCCGCGCUCCCCCCUCCGCCAGCACGGCCAGGGUCUGGCACGGCUACACACACGCGGCGUGGUGCGGCGACAGAGCUCGGCCGCUGGCUCACACGUCUCACACAGAUCCAUGCACUCCAAAACAGGCAGUUCAGGCACACGCGGGAGUCUUCGAAGGGGAGGCAGCUCUCUGAGCAUACAACAGAAGAGUCGCAAGGAGCUCAUCAUGGAGAAGCUCAGGGAGCAGAUGAUCAAGGCCAAGAGGUUCACUGUCAAAACCACUCUUGAGAUCUACAUCCCCAUUCGCCAGUUCUUCUAUAACCUGAUCCACCCGGAGUACAGUGCGGUGACAGACGUCUACGUGCUCAUGUUCUUGGCCGACACUGUGGACUUCAUCAUUAUUGUCUUUGGAUUUUGGGCCUUUGGGAAACAUUCUGCUGCUGCUGACAUCACUUCCUCCUUGUCGGAGGACCAGGUUCCCGAGGCCUUUCUGGUCAUGGUGCUGAUCCAGUUUGGCACGAUGGUAGUGGACCGAGCUCUGUACCUCAGAAAGACCGUCAUGGGGAAGGUCAUCUUCCAAGUGAUCCUGGUGUUUGGAAUCCACUUUUGGAUGUUCUUCAUUCUCCCAGGAGUCACAGAAAGGCGGUUCAGUCUAAACACGGUGGCCCAGCUGUGGUACUUUGUGAAGUGCAUCUACUUCGGUCUAUCAGCUUAUCAGAUCCGCUGUGGCUACCCCACCAGGGUGCUGGGAAACUUCCUCACCAAGAGCUACAACUACGUCAACCUCUUCCUCUUCCAAGGAUUCCGGUUGGUGCCGUUCCUGACAGAGCUGCGUGCGGUUAUGGAUUGGGUGUGGACAGACACCACCCUCAGCCUGUCCAGUUGGAUAUGUGUGGAGGACAUCUACGCCCACAUCUUCGUGCUCAAGUGUUGGAGGGAGUCUGAGAAGAGGUACCCUCAGCCCAGAGGUCAGAAGAAGAAGAAGGUGGUCAAGUACGGCAUGGGAGGGAUGAUCGUCAUGCUGCUCAUCUGCAUCGUCUGGUUCCCGCUGCUCUUCAUGUCGCUGGUCAAAUCUGUGGCCGGUGUGGUCAACAAACCCCUGGACGUGUCCGUCACCAUCACACUAGGGGGCUUCCAGCCCAUAUUCACCAUGAGCGCUCAGCAGAAUCAGCUCAAGGACAUCACCGACGACGACUUUGAAAAGUUUGUGAACUCCUACACCUACGUUCCGAGUGCUAUGCAGUUCUUGGAAGCCUACACUAAGGAGGACAUCACGGUGGCCGAGCUCGAGGGGAGCUCCAACUCCCUCUGGACCAUCAGCCCCCCCAGCAGGAAGAACCUGAUGGACGUCCUGAGCAAAGAUGCCCCUUUUCCAGUCACCAUGACGUGGUCCAUCCAGAGGAAUUUUAGCCUUGGGGCCAAAGCUGAGGUUGCGAUGGAUAAACAUGUCACCUCCCUGGACAUGCCAACGAAACAAGAGCUGAUCGCUUUAUUAAACGGGACAAGGAAUAAGCCUGUGGUUAUAAAACAAGUCUUCCCUUGCUUCCUUCGUGCCCCGAGUGACUCCAAUGCCAAGCCCAUUGAUCAACUUUAUGGAGAGGACGGGUUUAAGGACAUCCUGCUGGCGCUGGAGAGGACUCACAACAACGAGAACGAGAUCCAGGAGUGGUGGAUCGUGGACCAGCCGUCGGCAGGCCAGAUGCAGAUAAGCAGCGCCGCGGGGAGGAAGGUGGCGGCCGGCCUGCACCUCUACGUGUUCAGCGAUAAAGUCAGCCCUCCGAGCCUCAGCUUCCUAGCCGGAUACGGCAUCAUGGGACUUUAUGCCUCUGUGGUGCUCGUCAUCGGGAAGUUUGUGCGCGAGUUCUUCAGUGGCAUCUCGCACUCCAUCAUGUUCGAGGAGCUGCCGUGCGUGGACCGCAUCCUCAAGCUGUGCACGGACAUCUUCCUGGUGCGGGAGACCGGCGAGCUGGAGCUGGAGGAGGACCUGUACGCCAAACUCAUCUUCCUCUACCGCUCGCCAGAGACUAUGAUCAAAUGGACCAGAGAGAAGACCAAAUGAGGGCUUCCAAGCCCCCCCCCCAAAUCCCCAAAGAAAAACAAAUCGGCCUGCUGUGACUGAUGUUCAGAGAGGGUCUUGAGGAGGAGGAUGUGACAUGCAAAAUAAGAGUAAGAGAGGGGUGCAGAAGAAGCACAAUGAGUGGCAGGUGGAGCCCUGCACUGGACAAGCCCUCCAUUGGACACUGAUGCUGGAGAGGUCACCCCUCCUCCGCCUCCUCAGGGAGGACCCCUCUCCGCCUUCCAUUAAAUGUGACCUGAAACGUGAAGUACAGUAUGUGUCAUGUUAAUGUGUAUGAUGAUUUCGUGUGCACAACCUGACUCUGAAGAACUGUAGCCAGUCAGUCUUAUCAGCGUGGUGUGAUCACCGGCCAGGCAGUGGGGUUAGACAAAAAGGGAAAUGGUGUCCCCACUGCCUGGAUUUAGCCUCUUGUGUAUGGGGUAAAUAUAUGAACCUUCAGUUGUGCAAUAUUAUAAGUUAAAUACACCGUCCUGGUAGCUGGCUGUAAACUUGAAGCAGAGGAAGGGGGCAGUGACUGAAAGACACUUGCCACUUUUGAAGAUAUUUUGUUGUUGUUGUUGUCAUUUUGUUUUGAUUUUCUGAACUUGGAGGUGCGCUUGGGUACUUUGGAGAAAUAACAGAAACAAAGGGAAGCUAGAGACUCAGUGAGAUGCACCAGAGAGACCAAGUCGUGUUUGCUUUAUUUGGUUUUGAUGUCAGAUAGGAAUAAAGAUGGGAGCUGUCAUUGUUCUCAGGAAAUGAAUCUCAUCUCAGUAGGAUGUGGCUUGUGAUAUAGGAAUGUGUGUUCCUAACUGUUGUGAAGUGACUUGUCCUCUUUGUAUAAAAGAGGGAAAUGUGGUGUAAUUGUGGUUUAAUGGCCUGAGAAUAAAGCACAUUUUGGAUUGCUA